GAAACUAAAUUGUUAGUUGAUUAGUCAUGCGAAAUGAAACUUUGUUUCCUCAUUUAGAAAAAUAGAUUUGAAUUACAAGUUGGCUUGGACAUUUAAAGAAUUAUUUGGGUUUUGGCCCAUACAUUUUCAAAACUUUACUUGCCUCAUUUAGGAAAACAUGUUCAAAUUACAGUUUCGAUCUUUAGAAGAUUAUUUGGAUCUCAGCCCAUAAAUCUUCCGCCUCAUUUAGAGAAACAAGUUUGGAUUGCUAGUUGGCUUCGAUCUUUAGAAAAUUAUUUGGAUCUUGGCCCAGAUAUCUACUAGUAUAUAUAAAAGUUAUCUCUUUAAGAAGGAUAUUAGGGUUAAGAGUCAAAAGAAUCAAACAGUGAGAGGCAGAGUUGAAAACAAUCAUGAAAAGGGUCAAGAGGUCUAAACAACCAGACGAAAGGAAUGUAAACGAUCCGUUUACGAACCUUGCUAAUGACAUGAUCAUAGAGAUUCUCAUGAAACUGCCGCCGAGAUCCAUAGCCAGGCUCCGUUUUGGUUCUGAAUACGUGUCAUCAAUAAUCCUCGACAAAAAGUUCAUCCAGUGGUACAUAACCCGAUCUUCAACUCAGCCACGUUAUCUUAUCUCACUGUACCGUGGCGGAGACAUGCAGAUGCAGCACUUUCAAUCCUUGUCUCAAGACCAUCCGUAUAAUCAGGGCAUGGUUAGUUAUAAAAUGGAUCCGGAGCUACUGUAUGAAUUUACUCCACCUGUUCGCGGCUUGAUCUGCGGUCGGGACUUUAACAAGAUGAUUGUCGGAAACCCUAGUACGGGUCAGUUCGUAUCUUUACCUAGAGUCAAAACGAGGAGGCAAGAUAUAUUGUCUGUUUUUGGAUAUGAUCCAGUUAAUGAUGUAUACAAAGUGUUGUGCAUGACAGUGGUACUUAAACGUAGUCACAUGUCUCGUAAUGGUAAUGCUGUGCCGUGGGAGGAUAUUGUGUCGGAGGAACAUCAAGUGAUCACUCUAGGAGUUAAAGAAAAAUGGAGAAUGAUCGAGUGUAAGUAUCCACAUCGUCAUAACUCUGGAUGUAAAGGGAUAUACAAGGAUGGGUUUAUGUAUUAUUUAGCUACUUACCAGAAAAAAGGAUCUCUAAUGAGCUUUGAUCUGAGUUCUGAAGAGUUUAAUGUUACUAAGCUACCUGAGGAUCAGAUGCUUCAACAGUAUGGUGAGCUGGUGAAUCACGCUGGAAAGAUAACCAUAGCGCAUCAGGCAUAUAACCGCAACGUUGACCUAUGGGUUCUGGAAGAUGCCAACAAAGAAGUAUGGUCAAAUUUUUUUGUGGUUCCUCCUCUGUCGAUAGAUUUUUUUGGAAGGUUUCGUGACCUCGUGUUCAUGGGUAUACUUGGUACUGGGGAGAUGAUAUUCGCAUCGCGCUCAUCCCCUCCGUUCUUUUUUGUUUGUUUCGAUCCCAAGUCAAAAAAGGUCAGAGAAACUGCGAUUCAUGGAAUUGGAAGGGACUCUCGUCAUAAUAUCCAAAUCUUUUUCGAUCAUGUAGAGACUUGUAUGGUUCUGCCAAAGGUAUGUUAAUCCUUAUUACUGUAAUUGUGACACCUGAUAAAACAAUUUGUUCAGUCUCUUCAUCAAUUACUUUGUAUGAUUGUGGAUUAUAUAUAUAUAUAUAUAUAUAUAUAUAUAUGUAUGUAUAUAUGCAUGUAUGAAUUGUUUAAAGUUUUGGUUUUGUGUGGAGCUAACAAGCUUCAGUUGUAAUUUUCAAAAAAAAAAAACAAGCUUCAGUUUUUUUUUUUAAUUUAUAUUUGAGUGAUUAUGAAGAGUUUUGUGUUGGCUACAGAGAUCUUCAUAUCAUCAUUUGGUUCCUGUAUAAUCUAGUAUACAAGAUUGUUCUUACUCGAAUUGUAAAAUCAAUUCUGUUAAUUUGUUUUUAAGAGGUUCACCUUGCAAAAUCCCAAAUAUUAUUAUUAUUUUUUCUUUCAAAAUCCCAAUUAUUAAACACCACAUUGCAAAGAAAUACUUGAAUCCACCCUGUUUUUGGCUGUAUAGUUUGGCAUUUGUUCCUCUAUAAUCUAGUAUACAAGAUCGUUCUUGAUGUGAUUUCAGUUUCCACCAGAAAUUCACCUUCUUCAGGCUCUUUUACCAUCCAACUUUAUUUUCUGGCGCAAAAUUUCAUUGCACAAAGAGACGACUAUUCUGUUAGUUUUGUUUAAAAGAUGUCCACUUUAAAAAUUCCCAAGCAUUAAACACAACAAUGUAAAUACAGAAAUGUUUGGUCCACCUUCUGAAACUUAUGUACCUAGGUAAUCCCUCUGUAACUUUGUUCAUAAGCAAAAAAUAGAUAUGAAUUUCUAAAAGAAGUAGUUGUUGUAACUCGAGUAGAGAGUGAGGGGGUGUUAGUUACCACACCAACCCAAUGGAACAAAUAGAACCUACACAAAACCUGAAGAGAAUCAUACAGUUUCAGAGCUCUAAAACCAAUUACCAACUCUUGAGAAAAUUGAAGAUGCUUUCUCAAGAAGGAAUUAAACAGUAAUAGAUUUUACAUAAGAAACAUUUACACCAAAAGUCACUUUUCCUCUUUUUAUUACACGGUAAGUCACUUUUCACUCCUAAGGUACUUUCCCACACUAAAUCAUACACACUGAUUAUACAAAAUGACAACCCUACCCAUUUUAUUUCUCAGUUUACUUAACCUAGUUCUAUCCUUACCAAGAAACUCAAACACAUUGUCGGCAAACGCGAUAACUUCCCACUUUUACUUUUUGUAAAUGAAAAUCCUUUUAAUUUUUUUUUAGAGAAGUUGCCUUAAAUCAUUAUCUCUAAGACACCCUGCCUCCGAUAUCCAUUUGUUAGCCGCCAUGAACGCAUCCCGUCGAUGCAGAUUCUCAGGUGUUGAUUCCGGCAUCUGCCCUCCUUCUUUCAUCCACAUAGAUUCUCCGGCGUUAAUUCCGUCAUCUGCAACCCUUUUCCAGCGUUGAUUUCAGAAUCGCUCAAUCGCAGCCCUCAACUCCAUCCUCCAACUCCCACUUUAUCCUGAGAACAUCUUCUUCCACUUUCUCAUCUCCGAGACAUGUUCACCUUGCUACUAAUACAAGAGUUUUUUUUUUGAUAAAGGAAUACAAGAGUUUUGGUAAUUGAUUUGAAGAAAUGGAGACGCUUUGAGUACACGAACUGAGAUUAAGAUGCCCUCACUCUGUCCAUUCCUCGUUUAGAUUCUGUCUCUGCUCACGAACUGAGCUUGAGAACAUGAAAGGACAAGAAUCUUCGUUUUACUUUUUCGUCUUGCAUGAAUUUACCAGUUCUGGGGCUUCGCGACAGUGGCUCACUCAGAAAGGUUACAGCUUACAGCUUAAUUUAUUACAGUUUACACAUUAGAGAGAUAGAGAAGAAAAGCUUCUCUCUUUUUGAGUUAUAAUCGCAAGUAUGUGAGCUAGACUAGGAGCCAAACUCCCAUUGUUGGAACUUUUGAUUGUUUAACGCCUCAUUGUUGGAAUCAUGUAACGUCUUUUGGUGGAGAAUAAACUUUGUUUGGCAUCUAGAGUUUAUAUGUCUGAGUUAUUGUGCUUGUAUUAUUGCCAUAUACUUUGCAGAUGGACCACUUAAAUCAUGAAUUUGUUUUUCGA